AUGACGAAGCUGCAGGAAGCAUCCACAGCACACCCUGACGAGCUGCUGUCCCCUGAGAACCUGCGGGCCUUGACGGCCCUCGUAUCGACCACCGACGACGCGGGCCGGCUGCACUUCGCGGCCAACGCGAUCCGCGCGCUGUACCCAUCGGGCGGGACGGAGCCGCGCGCGCGCACGCUGCAGCUGGCGCGCUGCGCCGGCCUCAUCGCUGCGCUCGUGGCGGCGCAGGAGCCCGAGCACCCGGUAAGGAACGACAGCGACAUGGGGACGCAGCUGGCCAACGCCCUGAACGACCUCAUGGCUUCGUCCUCCGAUGCAGUGGCCCUGGCAACCGCAUCCCUCAACAGCCCCGACCGCCGCGCCAGGGGCCCCGGCGGCGGCAAGCGCUGCGUGGCCGAGCUGUACCUCCUCAACCUGCAGACCUGCUCCUGCUGUAUUGAGGACGUGACGCGCCCCGAGCUCGAUGAUGCAACAGCGGCGGCCGUGGGAUACGCGAUUUCAGCAAUGGUCGGGCUCAAGGCGAUCCACGAUUGGGGCCCAGGCCGCCUGCCGGCCGCCGCCGCGCUGCCGCUGCUUGGCGGGCAGCCCGCCGUGGGGGCGGCGGCCAUGGCGCUCGUGCUGCCGGCCCCGGCGCCCGCUGACAUGGUGGCGACCGCGGAGCGGUUCUUGCCCGUCGCGCUGGACAUGCCGGGCCAUUGCCUUCGGCAGGGCUGGCGGCUGAGCGAUCCCAAUGCACCCACCGCUAUUGGGGUCUUCAGCACCCCCAGCGUCGCGCUCAGGUUCCUGUUGGAAUGCGGCCUGGACUCGGACAACCCAUCGACAGUGGACGCCCUCAUUUCGCGGGUCCCAGACCUGCCACGCGCCGUGAGCGCCGCGCUGCAAGUGGCAGCCGCCAGCGUCGGCAUCCUGCCGCAUCCCCUCGGCCCGCUGGCCACGGCCGCCGCGCGGCGCGCGGCCGGGCGCGGCCUGCGGCCGGGCGACCCGGCCGACAAGCUCCGUGCGGCGCUGCUGCUGCUGUCGCGCCUGCUGAACGGCGAGGAGCUCCUCCCGCUGGCGGCCGCGCUGGACGUGUGCGACGCCGCCUGGCCCGUCGCCGAGGCCGCUGAGGCACGGCACCCCGACACGGGAGUCCGCGAGGCGGCAAUGUACGUGACGUGUAACAUCGCGUGCCACACGGUUGGCCGCAUGGCCAUAGGGGCGCUGAUUUCGGCGGCGGCGCGACUUGGGAUCGAGGGCGCGGAGCAGCUUCACGCAACGGCCGUGACGUUUAGGGACUGCGCAUACCUGGAUGACUUGGGGCUGGGUGGUCUGGUCUCGGUCAUGGAGCGCCUGGCGGAAGCAGGGGCCGGCAGCCUCGCCGGAGAUGAGGAGUGGCUGGCGGGCGUCUGUGAGGACUGGGGCCAGCCGGAUUGGGAAGGCCUUGCUGGGUGGGCGGCGGCCCGGCGGCGGCGGCGCGAGCUGGAGAGGGCGGGGGUUGAGGGCGGCAACGCUGAUGAGGCGACAGCUGGGGGCGGAGGAGGAAGCAGCAGCGGCAGCAGCAGAGGCAGGGACAGUGGCGGAGGGGAGCUGGCCGCACGCAGUGGUGAUGGGGAGGAGGCUGCGAGUCGUGGUGGCGGUCUGCAGGCUGCAACGGAUAGCGCAGGCGGCAGCGGCAGCGGCUGCACCGUCCAGCAGCCCGCGAGCGGCGACGGCUCCCAGCAGCAGCAGCAACCUACCGGCGACUGCAGCGACCAGCAGCAGGGCAGCCGCACAGGGAAGGUGUGCGCAGUGUGCGGCGCGGCCGCGGCGCCGGGCGGCGGAGUGCUGAAGAAGUGCAGUGGGUGCAUGGCGGUGCUGUACUGCUCUGCGGCAUGCCAGACCCAGGACUGGAAGCAGGCUGGCGGGCACAGGGCCACUUGCAAGCAGCUGCAGGCGCAGCGGACGGCGGCGCCCGCAGCACAAAAUGGGGCCAACGCUUGA